AGUUUGAUUUGGAAAAAGAGGACAAGUUUGAUUAAAAAUGGGUAUGGUUUGGGCUUUUGGCCCAUGUGAAUGAAUACUGUGAAUCGCGAUAAAAGAGACAGGCCCAUUUCUGCCGUGGACCAAAUCCAAACUUUACCAUCUUCACGGCAACUACCACAUCGCCGCCAGUUGGCUGGCACCCAUUCCUUUGCCGGCCGAACUCUCAAAACAGCCGCCGCGCCUCAGCCGUUAACCGCUCCAACUUCCCGCCAUGAGUUUAGUACACACCAUCCAUUUCUCCCCCGCCACGUCAUCCCGCCGCCGCUUCCCCGCUCAUUCCAUCGCCUCCCUCCGUCGGCGAGUCUUCCCUGUAAGGGCCAGCCUUCCCUUUCCGACCCAGAAGGCUAAGUAUCACAGAGAACUCGAAGCUGCAGUGGGCAUUGUUGAGCGCGCUUGUCGGAUUUGUGUCGAUGUAAACUGCUUCCCCCAUUUGUUGUCUUUUUUCAAUUUUACACUCUUGUUUGGUUCCUGGGAAAAUUUUGACACAGGGAACGGUGACGGUAUUGGGCAGGUGCAAAGCUCUUUGCUUUCCAGCGAUGGAGGGAUUGUGGAGAAGAAAGACAAUACCCCAGUUACAAUUGCGGAUUUUGGAGUUCAGGCAUUAAUCAGCCUUGAGUUGGGCAAGUUGUUCCCGUCGAUUCCCUUGGUUGCUGAAGAGGAUUCCGGCUUUGUGCGUGCUAAUAACCUGGUGGAUUCUGUUGUGAGUGUGGUUAAUGAUAAGAGGAGCUCUAGUGAACCUUUGAGUGACGAUGUUGUUCUCGAGGCGAUUGAUAGAGGGGGAAGUGCUGCUUAUCUCUAUGGAAAGUCCCCAGCUACAUAUUGGAUCCUGGAUCCUAUCGAUGGCACCAAAGGGUUUCUCAAAGGAUGUGGCGCCUUGUAUGUGGUGGGUUUGGCUCUUGUAGUCGAAGGUGAGAUCGUGCUAGGUGUUAUGGGUUGUCCAAACUGGCAGAACUCUGGCGACAGCCUAGGGUCCGUGAUGAUUGCUCAUACUGGCCAUGGUACAUGGAACAAGACAUUACAAGUGUCCAAUGAUUGGAGUAGAUGCUUGGUCGAUGGAUGUUCAGUAGUUCCAGAAGCUCGAUUCUGCAUUCCUGAGAGUCAGAGUUGGGAUUCUUUGCCUCUAUCGAGAUCAUUCACUGCAAAGAAUGAUGCAGAUAGUCUUGGUGACAAUGAAAUCCAUCUUUUAACUACAUGCUGCGGAAGUUUGUGCAAGUAUUUAAUGGUGGCCUCAGGCAGGGCUUCGAUGUACAUUCAAGCUCAGAGAGACACAGCUAUCAAGGCUUGGGAUCAUGCUGUUGGUAUGUUAUGCGUCCAUGAAGCUGGAGGCAGGGUGACUGACUGGGAAGGGGGCGAGCUUGACCUCGCGGCGGAUCAAGUGGAGAGAAGGAUCAUAUAUCCUCCUGGGGGAAUCCUUGUGACCAACGGCAAGAUUCAUGAUCAGAUCCUGGAGAUGAUCUCUUUCAGUUCCUCAACUGUUUGAGUGAAGCUGCUGAAAAGCAACGAUGAACCUUUUCUUCUCAGUGAAUUUCCUUAAUGGCGUGGCCGGAAAAAUUGGAGUGCCAGUAUUUGGAUGCUCUUACCGUUCUUUUUGAGUUGGGGUUAUCAUUCUGCCCAAACUACUGCAUAAAUUUCUCAUUCCUAGUCACUGAAAAUUGCAUUCUUCCCUUAAUUUUGUUGUUUACUUUGGUUCGAGUUGAAUAAGAUGAGAUCAUUAGGGGAUCAAGUUUUACAGAUAUCGUAUGGGCUCCAAAUAAAGAUCUUUUGAACGAGGGUCUGGCCCAAAGGUAUGGGCUUUAUUCAGUGACAUUGAGUCUCAUUAUGGGCCCGCCCAAGUUCCAAAAGAGUAGCAAACAUUCACGUGC